AUGGCUAUCUCCAACGAUAAGGUCACAACGGACCUCUCCAACCACGCCGAGAAUAUCCAGCCUGUCACGCCAAAGGCUGAUGUUUAUAUCCCGGCAGAGUUCAGCGAGGUUGACAAUGGAGAGAUCGCAAUCGAGGCCCUUGGAGGCACAGUUCACGACCUUCCACCAGGAUACUAUCGCAGUUUCAACUUCAUCGGUACCAUCCUGGCUCUUUGUCUGGGCCAGAUUUGUUGCUAUUUCGGCUUCGUCUUGCCUGCAAACGUCCUCGGCAUCAUCAACGACGAUAUCGGACCCAAUCCAAACUACGUGUGGACUGCCAUGAUCUGGAACUUGACGCAAGCAGUCGCCUUCGUCUUGGUGGGACGCCUAUCUGAUCUGCUUGGAAGACGCUGGUUCUUAAUUAUUGGCAACUGCAUCGGACUCAUCGGCGCCAUUGUUGCAUGCACCGCUCGUUCCAUCCCUGUGCUCAUCGUGGGGAGUGCCCUGCUCGGCAUCGCUGCUGGUGUGCAGUUGUCCUUCGGAAUGGUGAUUGGCGAGCUGAUCCCGAAUAAAUACCGUGGGUUCGGAAUUGCCUCCAUCUUCGUGGCCGCACUCCCAGUCACGGCCUUCGGUCCCGUCAUUAUUCGAUCCAUGAUCCUUCACACCGCCGCAGGCUGGAGAUGGAGCUUCUACAUCAAUAUCAUCAUCAACGCCAUCGUUAUCAUCCUCUUCUACGUUUGCUACCACCCACCAACCUACGAGAUGCUUCACGCCCGACGUCAGAAGCAUGUGCCGAGAUGGAAGAUGGUAGACGUCGUGGGCGUGAUACUAUUCACUGCCGGUCUGCUCGUGUUGCUGCUCGGAAUCUCCUGGGGAGGUGCUAUCUACCCCUGGAAAUCAGGAAAAGUGAUUGGUUUCAUCGUCGGUGGUGCAGCCCUCCUGGUCAUUCUGGUUUUAUGGGAGAUCUGGGGCGCUGGCGAAUAUCCCCUGAUUCCAAUGAGAUUAUUUCGGAACCGUCACUACGUCGGCGUCAUCAUCACCGCGUCUGUGGGCUCCAUGGUCUACUAUUCCCUGCUGGUUCUCUGGCCUGUUCAGAUAACGGUGUUGUACGAGACUACCAUUAUGGGUGUAGGAUGGAAGAGUUGCGUUGUUGCCGCUGCUGCGCUCAUCGGUCAAGGAUUGUGCGGUCUUUUGGUCAAGGUUCUGGGGAAACAUAAAUUGCAGAUGGUGGUUUCCGUGAGCAUUUUGACGGCCUUUACCGGCGCCAUGGCUGCUACUACCCCGUCAACUCCCACCAUGGCCGUCCUGUUCAUCUUCUUUGCCUCCCUAUCGCUGGGCUAUGUUGAAACCGUCGCCCUCACAAUCGGACCAUUCUGUUUGAAGCAGGAAGAUCUCGGCCUUGCCCUUGGCCUGCUAGGUGCGACACGUUCGACUCUCGCAACCACCGCGCAGGCAGUUUUCUCAGCCAUUCUCAACAACGAGCUCCUCACAAAAAUUCCGAAAUAUGUCAUUCCGGCGGCCUUGGAUGCCGGAUUGCCAGAGUCAUCGACCACGGCACUGCUGGAAGGUCUUGCCGCCGGCAAUUUCUCCGCGGUACCGGAUAUUACGCCGGCAAUCAUUGCUGCCACAGUGGACGGGAACAAGGAGGCUUACUCCCAAAGUUUCAAAAUUGUCUAUCUGGCAGCAAUUGCCUUUGGCGUUUGUGGCAUUAUCGCGGCUCUUAAUGCACCAAACUCAGACUCCAAGUUCACAGACAUUGUUCCGAGGAAGCUGCAUGGGCAGAAGUUGGACGCAAAACUUACUGAAAAGGAGAUUGCUGCAAAUGAGGUUUAG